AUGGGUCUCAAGGAGUUUUUCCACAAACGGUCUUUGCGCCAGAAGGACAAUGUCCGUACAAACGCUGCUGAGUUGACGCUAAGGGAGUCCCUGUUCCCAAUCGUCCUUGUAACCAUCCUCUUCUUUCUCUGGGGCUUCUCCUACGGCCUCCUUGACACUCUCAACAAGCAUUUCCAGGAUACACUUCACAUUACCAGGGCUCGGUCCUCUGGCUUACAAGCCGCUUAUUUCGGAGCCUAUAUUAUUGCCAGUCUCGGUCACGCGGCGUGGAUCCUGAGACACUGGGGGUACAAAGCCACCUUCGUCUUCGGACUCUUCCUAUACGGCUUGGGUGCCCUCAUUGCGAUUCCAUGCAUUAUUGCCAAGAGCUUCGGCGGCUUCUGCGCCGCCAUCUUCAUCAUCGGUAAUGGCCUCGGCUCGCUCGAAACAGCCGCCAACCCAUACAUCACCGUCUGCGGUCCUCCCAAGUAUAGCGAGAUUCGAAUCAAUAUAUCCCAAGCCUUCAACGGUAUCGGUACCGUCGUAGCUCCCGUCAUGGGGUCCUAUGUCUUCUUCGCCUUCGACGACAAGCGUGCUCUCGAGAAUGUUCAGUGGGUCUAUCUGGCCAUCGCCGUUUUUGUCUGGGGGCUCGCAAUCGUCUUCUGGCUAGCUCGAAUCCCAGAGAUCACCGACGCCGACAUGGCUUUCCAGGCUUCCGAGACGCACGCCAACGUUGACGACAAGCCCUUUAGGAAGCAGUACCGUCUCUUCCACGCUUCUUUUGCUCAAUUCUGCUACACUGGUGCUCAGGUAGCCAUCGCAGGAUUUUUCAUCAACUACGUCACGGAGCGUCGGGAGAACACUGACAACGCGCUCGGCUCGAAACUUCUUGCUGGAGCCCAAGCUGCUUUUGCAAUUGGCCGUUUUGCCGGUGUUGGCAUUAUGCACUACGUCAAGCCCCGUUGGGUGUUCCUGGCAUUCCUUUCCUCCUGCAUUAUCUUCAUUGCCCCAUCCAUCACUCAACAUGGUGACACUGGCAUGGCCAUGCUUUACAUUGUUCUGUUUUUUGAAUCCAUUUGCUUCCCGACAAUCGUUGCUCUAGGUAUGAGAGGUCUGGGCCGGCACUCAAAGCGUGGAAGUGGCUUCAUCAUUGCAGGUGUCUCUGGGGGUGCCGUGGUACCGCCCCUGCUUGGUGUCGUCGCCGAUCACAAAGGCAUGGGCAUUGCUAUGGUCAUCCCUCUUAUCUUCUUCGUCUUGGCAUGGACAUACGCUUUUGCUGUCAACUUUGUUCCGAGGUACCGAAAUAUCGCUGAUGCAUUCAGUGCCACCGAGGUUGGCAUCAGGCCUGUGGACGGAGAAGAGGAAAAGGGAGGCAUCGAGUCGGUCGAAGACAAGCAUGGCAAAAAUGCCAUACCUACUGUUGCACAGCCGAUUGAGAUGAAAACUGCAUGA